CUAAGAACACUAGGGGAAAGGGAUAGUGAUUGAUUUAUAAUUGAAUGUUGCAUUGGGCACUGUGAGAGUUUUUUUUAGACUAUCGAAAUAGGCUACUGGGGUAGGGGAAAGUGCAUAUGCCUACCACUUUUAUAAUUACUUUUGUGAACCUUGCUUUCAUCAUCUCCUUUUCUUAGCCAUUGUGCAUUAGCAGUUAGGUGGACUGUGUUGUUGUUUCAACCACUGUAUUUCAUAUGUGUCCACCUUUCUUGUGAGAAAGUUAUUUGUAAGACUGCGUUGCAAACCCUUUAUAAAUUAUGAUUUGCGACUCUUUUCCGACAUGGGAGUAUCCCGGAAAUAGCUAAGACAUUGGAGGCGGGGCUGUUCGCAUUGCUUCGUCUGUUUCCUUGCACUGCACGGGAGAGAUUGUGCAGUUCAGGCGACCAUAAAAAUGUACCAAAGGCCGUUUUCAACAGAGUAGCUAGCCACUGUAAAAAUUUUGUUGCUAGCGUCCCUAGCUGGCGAACUAAAUACAGAGACAUCGCCAAGAUCAAGUCAAGUUACCCAAAGACGAGAAUACUAUUUUGUUGUCCAUAGUUCCCCCCUCGCGCGCACACACACAUCAACACGGCAUUGAUGGUAAUGCAUGCAAGGAAACAACCGAGACUCAGCGAUGGGUGCAACGACCGAAGGGAUUCCCAACCCUAUCAGACUCACAAAUCCCAGCCAAAGAGUCAAUCUACUACCACUCUUCACGGUCACGAUAAAAUGCGAGAUGGGUUAUCAGAUCCUACACCGCCCUACAAAAUGCUCCGGCGCUCUGAUGAAAGUCCGGUCAAUAAGUACAGCGACGGGCACAGCAAAACAAAAACAUUUCACACACUCCGAGGCAAAGAUGGUGGUACCAGCUGCUCUCCGCAAGAGAAUGUGCACAACCACAGCUCCCACUCAAAUCAAAGCAAGGUGUCAGACACACCUCAUGAGCCUGCAGACGACUGGUCCGAGCACAUCAGCUCCUCUGGCAAGAAGUACUACUACAACUGCAGGACUGAGGUCUCUCAAUGGGAGAAGCCCAAAGACUGGCUGGAGAGAGAGCAGAGGCAGAAAGAUCCAUCUAAGAGGGAGUCCAACACUUUCCCCAAAGACCGGGACUACAGACGAGAGUCUGUCGACACAGCCACCACAAAGAGCACUUCAGGGGACAAGUCCUCCAACUCUGCACCUUCUCAGUCCUCUUCCUCCACCAUUCCGGGCCUGAACCAAGCCUCUGGCUCUAACCCCACCCCUUCAUCUUCCUCCUCCAUGGUCCCGGUGUCCCCCUCUGUCCAAACCCAGGCCUCGGGCCUGCUCCAAGACCCCGCCCUCCUGCGGCAGCUCCUCCCAGCGCUGCAAGCCACUCUGCAGAUGAACAACGGCAGCAUGGACAUGGCCAAGAUCAAUGAAGUCCUCGCGGCUGCUGUCACCCAAGCUUCCUUGCAGUCUAUGCUUCAUAAACUCCUCACUGCUGGACCGUCUGCUUUCAACAUCACUUCUCUGCUUUCCCAAGCUGCUCAACAAUCUUCCAACCAAGCGGCCCAGCAGGCGGGUCAGUCACCCAUAUCGCUAAUGUCGGACACCUCCUCACCCCGCUCAUAUGUGUCACCCAGGAAUGGCACGCCCCAGACCAACCUCCAUAACCAGAAACCCCCACUCAGCAUGCCUCCUGCCUCCUCCCAACCAAAGGUUACCCCAGUGAAACCAGGACCAGUUUCUCAGCAGGCUUCAGCAGAGAAACAUCCAGAGGACCCCCGAACUCUCCGACAGCGGAGUCAGGGGAGUCCGCCAUCAGGACCUAACGGUAACGCCACCGGCGGCCAUUCGGUUCUCAAUGUCGCCUCAGCCCAGUCCAGCACUCCCGGCUCCUUCACUCCCUCGCUGGCCUCUCACUUUGAUGAGAACCUCAUCAGGCACGUCCAGAACUGGCCUGCCGAGCACAUCGAGAAGCAGGCAGCACGGUUACGGGAAGAUGCCCACAACAUGGGCAGUCUCUACAUGUCUGAGAUCUGCACUGAACUCAAAAACCUCAGAUCAUUAGUCAGAGUGUGUGAGAUCCAGGCCACGCUGAGGGAACAGAGAAUACUGUUCCUUAGACAGCAGAGCAAAGAACUGGACAAGCUAAAGAACCAGAACUCUUACAUGGUCUGAGAACCUGUGUGGGAGACGAAGGACGGUGAACUACUAAAAAAGACUGCAGUCGAAGCCCUCAAUGAGGUCCUCUGUGCCCUGGUCUGAACACUUCUGAAACGUCAUGAACCAAAGGGCAAAUGAGGAAUACGGAAAAGAGUCUGGGCCUGUUGAAGACAUCAUGGGCCAAGCAAUGAAGCGUACCAUUGCCGAAUCCCCUGAAAGUGUAGAUUUUAUUAGGCGUCCAAGAUUUACAUUUUCUGUGAAAUUGCAGGCUGAAAGAAUACGAAGCCUUGUUGAGCAUUUCAUGGACACGCAAACCGGUCGAUUCUGAGGAACCUACAGGUCCUAACUUUUUCUUACCUGAGAAACAGCUGCCGCCUUUUGGAAUCGUGGACUGUUUGUUGCACUGGAGAAACUGAGAAUAUCUGGCUUUUCCUCUGGAAUAGCCCGUUUUGGUUGGGAAUGCAUACAUUAUGCAUAAUGCAUUAACUGAAGUUUCUAGCGUGAACUCAGAUUGGCUUGAGAUGUAUGACUCAACCGAUUCAUGAACACGUCUAAAGCAUAGACUUGAAGGAGUGCAAAGAAGAUUCUUGAAUGAGCCAACUUUGAUUCCUUCCAGACUCAUAUAGUUAGGAAUCAUGAAUUUAGCAGUCCCAGGAUCAUGGGUUCAUUAUUAGCGGAGUACUUUUUUUAAUGUGAUCUGACAAAGAUGCAUAGCUGCUUGAUGGAAGUUGUCUGUCUGUCCAUGCUCUCUCCCCACUUUCCUGCUGAAUGGAAAUAGUCUGUAGACUUCCUAACUUCCCACCCCAACAUGACUAUGACCCCCUCUAACGUUGGGCCAGGUGACUUCUCAGAACAGGCUGCCCCAUGGAGUAACCUUCCGGUAACCUCCCAGUCCAUAUCACUAAACCCUCAACAGAAUCCUACAAUAAAGGGCAACGUUCUCAUCCGCCACACCCUCUGAAUAUCCUCCUACGCGCACCUGCAUCUAUACCCACAUUUGAUCUGUACUUGAUUAUUUUCCCAGUUUCUCCUGAACUUUGAUGUUUUGUAAGCUUGUCUGUUUUGUCUAGCUUCAGUCUGCAGAAUAAUUCAUUCCUUAUGUGCAGUUUCUUAAGAAAUUGUGAAAGGGUCUUUAGUUUUAUGUGGUUAUGUAAACCUAAAUUAUUGCACAUUAUUCAUUUUGUCCUUGUGAACAAGAUGGAAUCAUUUUUUUUCAUGGGACUCACCUUUGUCUUGACUAUACUAGCUAAGCCAGUACAGCAGUAGUUAAAUGGAUUCCGUAGUUAACGUUUGCAACAUUUCGUUUUACCGAAGUUAAACUUUUUUAGGCCUCACUAGAUAAAGUAACUAUUUUACAAUGAAACAUUCACAUGACAAUGCUGUCUCACUCUUCCACAUCCACAAACUUAGCUUCGCCUUCCUUCUCCUAAGACCCCUCUGAUCGAUCAGUGGCAUGCUGAAAUUGGGAAGGCACCGGCCAAAGCGUUGGUCUGUAGAACAGGAGUGACGUACACACUUAUCAGAUAGUGGGGGACCAGAGGUUUUUGUGAGGAUGGGGCGAAAAUAGCUUUGUAUAUUAUUUCUUUAAAAGUAUAUUGGGAUAAAAUAAAUUAUUCUACCACAAAUCUCUUGAUAUUCUCAUUUUAUUUAUCACCAUUAUACUGAUGUUUGCAAGAAGGCAUAUGCAUAAUUCCAGAGUGGUUCAAAACAAAAUGGUAUCUUGCAUCCAACUGCAAAACCUGCCAAAGAUAAAAUAAACCAAUCCUUUAAACCCUCCAUGACAAAGCAGAAUCUUUCUUCUUUCUGUAUGUUUUAAACAUGCUUCUCAUUUAAUGAUUGCUGCAUGAAUUCAGAAAUGUUGGUCGUACUUAACCUGCAAACAUAAAAGUACAGAUGUGCAAUUUCAAACAUAAUGCUCAGUUGCUCCCGUCAUGCGUCACUAGAUGGCAAUAUACAGCUGGAAAUGGCAAUGAUCAUUCUGUUCUGUGGCUCGUCUUUUACAUUUGUCUCCUCGAUUCCCUUGUAGGCAUUUAAUUAACAUUUAGCAUAUUUCUCAAAAAUGGUUACUGAAUACUUUCCUGUCAUUACCUCUCUUACACCGCUGAUUGCUAUCUGUUCAUGCUGUCUGAUCUCAAGUUUUGCAUUGUGAUAUUCCUCUGAAUUUUGAUGGGUGGUUUUAAUCUAGGUUGAAGAUAUCUUCAACCUAUGUUUCAAUCAGGAAAUAUGAAUCCAAUCAGUGGACCAGUGUGAAUCAGUGGAGCCACUGGAUACAUGCAUGAACAGUGGCCCUUAUUAUUGAUUUGAUGGUGUCUAAAGCAAAUGAAUCAGAGAUUCUUUCAUAAGCAUUUACAUUCUUCACUAGCAAUUGUGUAUUUUUUUGUUUUUACUGUUUAUGGUAUGGAGCUAUUUUUAGAGCACCAUGAUUUGAAGGUUGAGGUAUAAAAUACAUAUUUACAUCUGUC